AACCGAUUUUUCGCGCCCAGCAUUUUAUAGGGUAGGCAGGCUAAUAACAGAGAAAAAUAAUAUUCAGAAAUUGUUUUCGUUGACUGUUUUGAUGGUUUUCGGUGCCAUUUUGUACUUUUGAGGUCUUUCAGAUUAGUCGAUUUAGAUAAUUGUUUUCCUUAAUAUGCCUCAGCCGAAAUGGUACCACAAAUCUCUGGCAGAAUUGUGUAUGAACAGUAUCGUCGAUAACAAGGAGAAAUGGACGGCAUCGCGUGGUUCAGUGCAAGUUUCCAGCCUCUUUAAGCUUCUGCCUUCACAUUGUCUGGACAACAUAACUGAAUGUCUCUUGAAAGACCAUAGACUACGAAAAAGUCAAUGGUCGAAAGACUACGCUAUAACAGAGGACAUGUUGGAUUUAUUACUUUUAAGCCCACACAGGAAAGUUCUGGAUUUAUCACAAGAUUAUCAGGGCACUGGACAUGAUCUACAAAGAAAUUUACGCAUCUUUCGUCUGGCAUCUGUCAAUUGUUUGCAACUCACCACACUGAAGAUCAAUGAUGGCGGUUAUUAUUUUCCUUUUUCCGAUUCAAACAGAAAUUUUGAAGUAGAGGAGACUUUCGCUUGUAUUUUGCAGCUUUUCGAACACCUGCAGAUCCUUGAUUUAUCUGGCACAAUUUAUGGUGCAAGAAGCAUGCUCAAACUUGGAUCAACCAAUAAACCAAAAAUAAGGGAGUUGCUAGUUGAUGGCUGCCCUGGUGUGACCGAUACAGUAGUUGAAGUGUUCUGCAAAGGUCAAAGUUCCCUUCAUACACUAUCAAUUCUAAAAACGGAAGUGACUCCUAUCGGAAUUCAAAUUGCUAUCAAACAUUUGCCAGAGCUGAAAGAAAUACGUUGCUACAAUAAGUCUGAUGUCCUCAAAGCUUUUCGUAGAAUUCGUAAAGAAGAAUCCAGAGAAUCAAAAAAAUAUUCCUUGAUUAAGUUGAAUAUGGAGAACGUGGUGUUGACUCCACCACAUAAAGUCCCCUAUAAAAAAGGCAGCGUUUCAUUGAUGGUUGACAUGUGUCCGUUGAUCGUCGAAGUUUUAUUGUUUGUUAGCGACGAAGAAUUUACGAAUGAGGAGUUAUUAGAUUUUCGACAACUUCAACAACUCAAAAAUCUCGGAAUUAGAAGAUCCCUCGUGUCGUCGUUCUCUAUUCGUGGUGGAGUAAUUCCUCUUCUACAAGCUCGUGGCCCUAAACUUGAAGAGUUAGCUUUGUUGAUGGAAGUAACGAGUGAAGAAGUCUGUACCAUCAUCGAGUGCUGCCCGAACAUUCGCCUUUUGCGACUUGUUAUAAAAAGUUCCGAUCUGGAUACUCCCGAACCGGUGGUAGAUGAUCGCGUCCACUCUUCUCUUUGUUCCCCAAAACAAGUAAUUCCGUUAAGGAUGCUGGAAACCAUCUCUCUGAACUCUAACCUUCCUUUUUAUCACAAUGCUAUCUUCGUUAUUUCACGCAAAUUGUUGCUAUUCCUUUUGUCUUCCCCUGCUCUUAAAGAGAUUUUCAUAGAAAAAUGUUUUACUCUUGAUGACCAGAUGAUUGAGGAAGCUUGCACUAAAAACAGUUUCAAGUAUUUGAAGUUGAUAAUGUUUCACGGUUGUUCUAAUGUGAGCCAGAAAGGCAUCGAUUUUUUCCUGAAUGAAACGAAUCCUUUGGACACAAUUUCUGUACAAAACUGUGGAAAUGUGAACUUUGAUCGGUUGAAAAUGAUGGUAGAACAGAAGCACUGGCAUCUCCAGUGUGAAGAUUAAGAGGUGAUUGCAGUAAGACAAUGCGAUCCAAUGUUUUUUUUUUAACUUUCGUCGUUUUGUCCUGCCCAACACUUAUUUCCUUUUGUUUAUGCUGUAUGCUUUCAUAAAAUCCUCACCUGGAACUCUCAUACGAUUCUUUAUCUGGUGUACACGAGUCAAGGUUAAAUAGUCACGGAAUUCAAUGUG